GGCUUAAAUACCACUGUUUCAACGUGUGCCAAGCCAGUGCCAAGCAGCGGUUCCUGCAAGCCAGGGGAGCGCUGCCCACCGAUAGCAAAUCACGAUUAAAUAAUCGGAAUAAAUUUCACUAGUGUUUACUCACUAUAUUCACUAACAACUCCACUGUUCGGUGAAAGUUCUAUCCUCCUUUACGUGGGAAAUGCCCUCAUUGUUCCUUUCGCGCAAUUUCGUGUGAUUACAAAUUUUUUUACUUGAGUCAGUUCUAUUGUUUACACAUCUGUUAAAGUUUUUUCUGCUCAUCGAGGAAUCCGGAAAUUACGUGAAAAUAACGGAAAUUACGGAGUUAUUAUAUUAGGUUUUUCUAGUCUGUUUCGCGUGUGAAUAAGUGAAGGAGUUGGGUUUUCCUGUUUGAGUUGAGGUAAAAAAGGAAUUGGGGAGUGAGGAUGAAGCCACCGGCGUAUAAUAACGAGGGAGUCCAGCAGAUUUCCCAGGAAGAGGGCGAGAGAAAUGUUGCCACCGCUAUUUGCGUGCAACUUGCUGGCAGGGCCAUCAUUCGCGUCGUAUCGAGGUGCGAAGAGGCGCAGGACAAUUGUAAUUUGGAUUUGUCCGAAUGCCAGCUGAUGCAAGUGCCCGACGCUGUGUAUCACCUGAUGCGGCACACGGAGCUCAAGUCCUGCGACUUAUCUGGCAAUGUUAUCACAAAAAUUCCCCCAAAAUUUGCGGUCAAGUUUUCACUCAUUACCGAGUUGAAUUUGAGUCAUAAUCAAAUGAGCAAAUUACCGGAAGAGUUGGCGGAACUUCAGGAACUGGAGAGGCUCGAUAUUUCUCACAAUACAUUUAUUGCACUUCCACCUGUUACUUGUCGGAUACCUCAGCUGAAACGACUACUCGCCAACAAUAAUUCAAUUAUUGAUGUCGAUGUGGAGAGAUUGAAACGAGCUCCAGCCCUGGAGUACGUCGAUCUCCGUGAGAACACAAUCCCUCCAAGAAUCCACGACCUCCUCCUCGUGAAUCUUGGAAAAUUAAAGGUCGAACUGACCCCGCGACAAGUCGAAGACUGGGAGGACCUCAACGUUUGAUCCUCACCAAAAUAAAUUCACAGUUUCAUCACGUACAUCUUAAGCUAAUGGUGAUCAGCAAGGGCGUUUUAGUCUUUGCACUCCAGAAUGCAAGACAAGAUAUAAAAAAAAAACAAAUGCAGUUAUGUAAUACGUAAAGAGGACCAUCAAUCAUCCGCAGUAGAAGAAUGAGAAGGAAAUUUGCUAAAAAUGGAUGGAGAAGUUUUUUUCCUGAAUUUCAAAUGAUGAAUCAUAGAGGAUAAUUACAUGAGCCUAUGUACUUAAAUCAUAUUCAUCCAAAACGAGACAACUGAUUGAUUCAUCGACAUUUACAGCAAUUGAUUCGUGUGCACGUGAUGCAAAACAAUUUAACGUUUUUAACUCCUGAAUUUUUCUGAUGAUUCCACACUCAGAAAAAAAAUCCUGAUCUCAAACGAGUGGAGUUCUGCUUUCAACAAUAAAAUAUUUGAAAUUAUUUGGUUCAAGAGACAUUUUAUCCUUUUCAGGAUGAAAAUAUGUCUCAUAACGCAAAAUUAAUCAAGAAAUUUUUCAUUUCCAAAUCAAGAGAUGGCUAUCAUAUCAUCAUUAUUAUUCUAUUUAAGAAUUCAUUUCUUAUCUUUGAGUAUUGGAGCUGAAACGAAGAACUAUUCUCCCUUGUUUCGCAUGAAACGAGCAUUUUUCGGGAGAAAAAUACGUGUGGUAGUAUAAAAAUACGAAAAGAUGCAAAUUUAUAACUUGAAAAUGUUGUCAUUCAAAUAAGACUCGUUUGAGAUUUUUUUCUCUCAGCGCACAGAAUCGAGACGGAGAAAAUUGUUAAUUGUUUAAAUGAAUCAUUUGCUCUUAAACUUAAAUCAAAACAAGUAGCAUCAAACAGUGAAUAUUUAUAAAUUUUUACUGCAAUAUCGUCCGUAUUUGUUAAAGAAUUAGAUCGUCAAAAAACAAUUUCAACAACAAGAAUUGAUGUUCCUCUUUAAUUCUGCCAAUGGAACGUGCAUGUAAACAAUUUCACCUAGACACAAUUUUAAUACAAAACUAUAACUGUGACGUCCCGCCUCCAACGCGACAGAAUUCACUUUCAUUAGUUUUUUUAACGAUUUGUUUAUAAUAAUUUGAUAAUGAAACGUUAACAAGUGUAACUGGGAAAAUUUCGAAUCACUUUAGCAAUGAUAAUUUAGUACAGCGUUCUCAGAGCAGUAUUACACAGCUGAGAUCUCAUGUACGAUAUAAAGAUGAUUUACAACUGAUUAGAUACUAACAAAUAGGCUGAUAGGUUUCAAUUUUUUGAUUACUUUGCAUACAACUGUACAUAAUAUAAAUAUUCGUACUGUACAGAUAUAUUUACUACUGCGUCAUUCGUCAACCUAGGACUGCCAAAUAUCUAAAAAUAAAUCGUGAUAUUCAUUUUUUUACGUGAAAAUUUUGAGUUUGUUUUCUCGCAAAGAAGAGUCUUUUUUUCAAUGCUCAAUUGUUUUGUGAAGUUAUUUUCAAAAUUGGGUUUUUAACAUUUGUAUGACGAAUAAUAAUGAGAUGUUUCGUAUUUAACAUGUAUUCUUUAUCUAGUCAAAUUACCCAUUGGGUGCACAAAUAUAUUUACCAACCGAA